GAGUUUCCCGCGGUUUCCCCGCGCGCGCGCCCCAAAUUUCCCGCCAGAAGCCGCGCCUGCAGUGACUUUGACAGCGCCGCAACCGCCGGGUACUCGGCAUCGGCAUCGGCAUCGGCAUCGCCAGCAAAGCCACCAGCGAGAGGGAGCACGACGAGCAUGUCAUCCUGGGACGACGACGACGACACGGCGGCAGCGGCGGCCACGGACGUGGAGCUGCUGAAGCGGGCGUGGCGGAACGAGAAGGCCGCGCCGGAGAUCCUCCGCUUCGACUCGCCCCUCGUGUCCCGCGUCCGCGAGCAGAUCCAGCUCCUCGAGGAGACGCUCGACGACUUCGCCGACAGCGGCGUCGACGACCUGGUGGUCUCGCUCUACCAGAUGGACCUCGACCGCACGCUCUUCCUCCUCCGCUCCUACCUCCGCCUCCGCCUGCAGAAGAUCGAGAAGUACACGAUGCAUAUCUCCAGGUCCGACGACCUCCUCAGCCGCCUGUCCCAGCAGGAACGCCGCUUCGCCAAGAGUUGUGCGGAGAUCAUGGAGAAGCAUCUGGAGCAGUCGGUGCUGUCCAAGCUCCCGUACGGCUAUGACUCGGUGACCAGGCAGUCGUUGUCCAGCACUGAGGAUGACAUGGUGCCAGAGCCUCAGCUUGACACUUUUGUCUUCUGCAAGACCAAGAGCGACGUAGGUGCAUUCCAGCUAGAUGACAUAGGAGAGGAGGUUGUGGAUUUGGUUGCUGAUGACUUGUAUGUUCUUCGGUACAAGUCCAUCAAGGGACUCGUUGAGAGUAGCCGGAUCGACCUCAUCUGAUAUCAAUGACCGCAAGUAACAUAUCAUGGACCUUUUGGUCCUAGAUUCUUCCCAAUUCGUGGAAAGUAAGGAAUCAAGGGAAAAAAAUCGCUAAGCACCGUCACAAAAACGACAACAACUGAAAGCCGCUGUAUAUGUGCCAUUGGCAUGUGGCUUAGGCUUUCUAUGUAUUUUGUAAUGUGUACAUGAUUUGUCAUGGUACUGAACUUAGUUUAUCUACUCUACUUAUUAUUUUACUCCAUUUAUAAAUGAAGAUCAGAGUCAUGUAAUUGCCAAUUCCCCGCUUAACACUGUCGAUGGCAGCUAUAACUUCAUCAGAUGUUUAGUUUGGGACAAAAAUAUCUGCAGAGUAACCUUGCCCAAAAACACAAAGGAAUGGAGAUCGGAGACACCAUAUGUACCCUAUAACAAUUUUUUUUUAUAGAAGUGAAGAAAUGGUGACGAGA